ACAGUAGUACUAUCACUGACGAGAGAUCCUUCUGAGACCAGCCAAAAAAGCAAGGCUGUAAAAAAAAGUGUACAAGUGGUGCAUUCCACAUGUCGCUUUCCUUGCGACUUGAUUGAAGAAAUCCACAAAUUUUUCUCUGCAAAUCCUCCGCAGUCGCAUCUCAUUUAUGCAGCAAACCCAGAUUCCAUUUUCUCUCCGAUUUCAUGGCACUGACCUGACCAGUCAGAGAGAGUGGAAAGGGUAAACGGCGGUGAGAGAGGAUGGUGUUUUCUAGCUAAUCUUGGAUCUGAUGUCUGGUUGCUGCUCUUCUAGUUAAAGAAGUGUGUUGAUUAGUCUUAUGUGUUAUGUCCUAAUGGAGUGGAACACAAAGCCUCCAUUACACUGGGACUUGGACAGCUUAAUUAUGUUCAAUACGGCAGCAAAUGGAAGUCCUAAAAAAUUACAACCAACAGUCUGGGAUUUUGAUGGUGAGGUGGGAAUUGAAUCCGGGUCUAUCUACUCAUCUGGUGGAGGUGAUGGUAGCGGUGUUUCUGGCUCAGAUCUGGGACUUGCUUCUUUGUCAAAGAGCUCGAAGUCCGGAUCCAUUGAUUCUUCUCCAACAGUGGAAAUGAAAACAUCCACAGUUACUUUGGAGGCAAAUCAAGGUACUACAGAAGAGUUUACUACCACAAAAGAACUUGCUCAGGCCAGGCCAUCUGGUACUUCUCCAGUGCUUGAGGCUUCAGUUGGUUCAGGUGAGCCAUUCCUCAGUUUAAAGCUUGGGAAACAAACGUACUUUGAAGAUAGUUGUGCGGGGAGCAAUACUAAGACGUCAUCUUUAUCUGUGAUUCCCGUGUCAUCUGUUGCUACGGCAAAGAGGCUGAAGUCCAAUUUUCAGAAUACUCAAGUUCCACGCUGCCAAGUUGAAGGCUGUAACCUUGACCUCACAUCAGCAAAGGAUUACCAUCGUAAACAUAGAGUUUGUGAAAGUCAUUCGAAGUUCCCAAAGGUCAUUGUAAAUGGUCUGGAACGCCGCUUCUGCCAGCAGUGUAGCAGGUUCCAUGGUCUAGCAGAGUUUGACAAGAAGAAGCGAAGUUGUCGUAGGCGACUUACUGAUCACAAUGCUAGACGACGCAAGCCACAACCAGAAUCAGUACAUUUAAAUGCUGCAAGGCUGCCUUCGUCUUUAUAUGAUGAUAAGCAGCAGACAAGUCUUAUUUGGAACAGAAGCCCACUUGGUUACACAAAGCCCGAUGCAAGUUUUACAUGGGGAGGCACGUGCAGCAACAAUGUCAUACAAACGAAGGAUUACAUAUCAAAGCCUAUAAAAGUAGGAGACAUCAAUGGGCAGCUCCGCCAUGAUUCCAAUGGGUUCGUGCCACCCAAGGCCAAGGGCACCAUAGCUCAGGUUCUCAACCAAGGCAUAGAAGAACCCAGGAUCGCCUCCAAUGUGGACGCAACACAGGAUUUUCAUCGUGCUCUCUCUCUUCUGUCAAGUGAUUCUUGGGGUUCAUGCCAGCCUAAGUCCUCUUCCUUCGAACUUCCCGUGCACACACACCAUGCCAACAUGCCUCAGACAGCAGUGCAUAUGAUUCCCCAAGGCCUGCAACUUCCUUUGUCAGAUUGCUGGCGGAGUGAGCAACACUCGAGCAAUUCCCGAGUUCAUUAUUUGGCUUCUUCAGCUAAUGAUGGCAGCAAUUUUAGUCAAGGAUUCCAGCUGUAUGGGAGUGGGUUCUAUUCUAACCAGUUGAACUGACUUGUCAAAACAGGUCAACCAAGCCAGAUAGAUUCACCUGCCAAUGAGAUUCUUCCAUGUCCAACAACUUCCUGAUUCUAGAGGAUGCUUCGAGUACCAAGUCUCGAAGAUUCGGUUUUUACUGUUACUCAUUGUAUUAAACGAUCUUUAUGUUUUUGUACUUUGACUAAGCUUUGUGUAUCAACAAAAUUGGGUAGCAGAUUACAUUACAUUACAGUGGCCGAUAUGUGAUUUAACUGGUUCAUUUAUCGCAAGCUGGUUUAAGUUUUA